AUGGCGACCCUGGUUCUUACCAACUCUUCUACAUCUAACACAAAUCAGGAAGCAGUGCUCCCAGGUUACUCUUCGACGAAACUGGCAGCAACUAGUCGACAACUUGGCAAGCUUCGGCCUGUGGCCCUUGGUCAGAACUACACGAGCAUGAUCGAAAACUCGAUAAGUCCAACAGCAGGACUUCCACGCCUUUCGCGAAACACGUUACACGCCAACGAAAUCCCGGAGUCCCAUGCUCUCAACUACCGUGCAGGUCGUCUCCUGACCAACGCACCUCAUCUGGCCUCCGAGGACUUCGGUACCUGGCUACUAUUACAACAGAAGUUUCAGUCAACAAAACGUUCUCAUAAACCGGGAUUGCGAACAGAACGCUUGGUCGACUCUGGCAAUUAUACGAUAAAAUUUCUGCCCCUUACCAAAGUUUUCGACUUGGAAGCUUCUCUUGAGUUUGCUCAUUACGAGCUGCAAUUUUCCCGGGGGGCCUUUUACCCCAUGGCCACAGAUCAGCAUGACUUUCCUCAAGACAUCAGGACGUGCAGACAGCCUGGAAUUACGCGCCAUUCUCUAGCCGUCCAGGACCGAAGUUCUGAAAUUGUUUCCGGAAAGACCGGUUGGAAGACCUUCUCCAUCCCUUCCAUUGGAGUUCCCAGAGAGAAUUCAGCCGGCGGAGACCUGGUCACUCCCCGAGGACAGGGUGCCUCUUCAUCGAUACCCAUUGAAAAUCGAAGGCUCCUUAUUGCCAGUCCUGACAAAGUCUAUCGGGACAUAGGCCCAAUUUCCUCUCGAGUUACAGACAAGACUGACUCCCAGGGAAGGGCUCUGGGCACGUUAGUGACAGGAUAUCGAUGGCUCCAAGCGAAGUCUCUUGAAACCUGCAGAGACCUGUUCUCAUAUCUGCAAUGGCUGUUCGAGUCUGAUGCUCGGCCUUUCGCCUGGUCUUGCCAUUGGAAACUUGGCUCAAAUAUGGAAAACAGGUCUUGCCCAUUGCCUUCACAACAAGAAACAGAGAUAGGCCCGACCUACAAUACUUGUCAGCAUAGCCGCGAAACCAGUGAAGAAAAGCCCUCAGAACACCGGACCAGGAAUACAGACUCGCCACGUCGCAAAAGAGGCGCAUGUCAACAUGGAACCAAUGGCCAGGAUCAGAGUGACGACGACGAAUUUCCGGAUGAGUCCAGAAGGAAGAAAUCACGACUCCAAGGUCCAGCCACCGACAAGGAUGACAAUGAUCUCAGCUUAGCCUGUCCGUUCUACAAGGCAGACAAACGCACCCACAAUCGGUGCUCUUUAUUACAGCUGAAUAGGAUCGGAGAUGUGAAGCAGCAUCUGUAUCGGAAGCAUAUGCAGCCUCACUACUGCUCAAGGUGCGGUCGACAGUUCGAGACGCAAACUGAGGAGAGGUGUCACACAAGGCAACAGGACUGCAGCAAGCGAGCCAACCAGCCGCCCGACGGAAUCACCCACGACCAGCAGAAGGAGCUCAAGGAGAGGGUAGACCGCAAGCUCGCCGUGAAGGAGCAGUGGUUCGCCGUCUGGGCCAUUGUUUUCCCCGAUAUGCCGCCACCAGAGUCACCCUAUGUCUACAGCCCUACCCGUGAGGUAGCAACGAAUAUGCGAAACUACUGGCAAGAAAGCGCGGCGGAGAUGCUGGUCGCCCACGCUGACCGCAUGCCGGGUAUUGACAGGGAACGGGUCAUUGGCGGUUUGAAUACGUUUAUGGAAACCUUCUUCAAUCGAUUCAUCGAGGAGCACACCUCGGUUGCCGAGGGAGAACAAGUUUCGGAUUCAUCCUCAGAUGGUAGUCCAGGGACAGCAUUUUUCUCAGAGAGGACGCCGGCUAUAUCAUCACCAAGCAGUAGCCAAAGGACUUUAAUCGAAUCCUUCCGCGACUUGCUUUCUGUCAUGAGUGGUGCCGCCAGCGACAAUGUCAUGAUAGACGACGGUUCGCUUGUCGCCAACUAUGCAAUGACCAUGGGAGAAACGGACGGGCACUGGGAAUUUCCGUCGAGUGAUGAUGCUUAUGGUUGGGGUCAGCUCCCCACGGCUGACAGUAUCUCCAACUUCGACAGUAAUUCCAUGGCAAAGCCAGGUGGAUGCGUAGCAGAGAGCCCAAGAGUCAGAUGGGGUCAGUCGUGGAGUACAGGACAUGAUGACUUUGACCAAGAAGCGGUCGAUCAAGAAAAGGUCUCCAAGAUGCACAGCGAGUUACGUUCGGCAAUUAUCAUGGAGAGGAAGCAUCCAAGGUUGCUUGACCGAUCUACAACUCAUGAUAUCUUUGAAGACGAGACCCCUGGACACAAGACAGACGAACAGGCUCCAGAGAUUCCACAGGCAGCAAGAUGCCUCGGCUCCUCCCAUAGUAGACCUCAUCAUGAGACGUUGGCGAAGAAAGAGGUCGCGCAAUCUUCGAGACUCUCGGCAAAUUGGAAGCCAUUUAGUCAGGUCCCCGUCACCUCCCUUUUCCCCCGCUCCCUCUCCGAGAAAUGGUUCGAGGCAAAAUCACUAUCAGACCAAAACUCAAUUCACUCGACUAUAGAGUUUUGGGCCCGAAAAAGUAAGGCGACUUGCGGAAAAGAGGGAAAGGGGCCAAAAACCCUGAGAUUGUGUCAUUACAAACCAAAGAAGGACGAACCCCGGAAGGACCGAUAUCGUCUGAAGACUUCUCAAACAGCAGAAGAUGGAGAAAAAGGGCUGAUGUACACGACAAUGGUAUCGUGUAAAGUCAAAGAGCGAGAAAAGAGAAGAGACCGACCGCGACAGCCUCGCGAUCCGAGAGUCAACGGUCUUGCCAGGAUGACGGAAGAAGUCAUGGAAGAAAAAGAGAAGAGAAAUUGGAAAAACCCGCACAUCUGGGAAACGUCGGACGCCAAGGUUUUGGUUUCUGCUCUGUUCGUGGGGACCCCCGGUCUCUCUGCCCAGGCACUUUGUACCCCUCCACCCCACUCGGGGGACGCAACCACUUCCAGUCUCUGCUGGGGGCUCAACUACCGCCCUCCACUGCCCUGCGCCAUCGAGGCAUUGGAUGAUCGAGAUCAGUCCCCUUGUGCGUACCAUUCUGAGAGGGCGCCGCGGGCAUCGACAAGCAAGUUAGUUCGGGAAGUCUGGAAACUCAAUUACUUGACAAUCGUCGAGGUUACAUUGGCGCGGUGA